AUGAAGGCUAGAAUAGUGAAAGAUAUACUGUUGAUUGGUCAUUCGUUCAUUUAUUUGGCUGCACUAGCCUCGCUCUACUGGCAGAUACCAGGGCUUUAUGGAGAAAAAGGACUGAUCCCAGUGGCAUCGAAACUUUCUUGUGACAAGUCAUCAUGUCAAUCAUAUCAAAAUGGCGUAAAUAUUUUGCCAAUUGUAAUAAAAUUUUUCCGCAUAGCACCAUCCUAUGCUUUGCAAGUUGUUAUUUUGUUCGGAUUAGCAAUUGCUUCUUUUUCCAUAAUAUUCAACUUCAUGCGUAAUACCAUCACAUAUGUUUUUCUUUUUGUCGUCUAUUCUACCGCAAUUCAGGUUGGCGACGUAUUUCUUCGAUUCCAAUGGGACAGUCUUCUUAUUGAGUCUGGAGCAUUAUGCAUUCUUAUAGCUCCGUUACCAUUCGUGGGAUCUUCACCAGCAGAUAAUAUUUCGUUGUACCUGAUGCGCUGGUUGGUGUUCCGGCUUAUGUACGCAUCAGGUGUGGUCAAACUCACUAGUCAUUGUCCUCUUUGGUGGGAUCUCGCCGCGCUGGACGUGCAUUUCGAAAGUCAGUGUGUGCCCACAUGGAUUUCCUAUUACGUUCAUAUGUUGCCAAAAUGGUUCAAGCAUUUGUCAACCGCUCUUACACUCUAUAUUGAAAUUAUUUUGCCGCCUUUGUUUUUAUUGCCAUUGAAAUAUGCACGAUAUUUUUCGUUCGGUCCUCAGAUUUUACUUAUGGCUUUGAUUAUGGCAACGGGUAACUAUAACUUCUUCAACCUUCUGAUAUCAAUCGAAUGUAUAGCAAUAUUGGUGGAUUCAGACGAAUUCAAGUUUUCUACGAGAGGCAUAUAUCCACGAUUUGAGCGUUUGUUGACACGUUUGGGAACGCUGAUAUCAGCUGUCUUGAUAGCCUUAAGCCUAUGUUUUUUUGUCUAUUACUUUAAUGUUGGUAUUGAUGGAUUUAAAAUAGUAUCUUCAAUUGCAUUCACUGCGCAACAGUUUGACGAAUUUGUUGAAGAGUCGACUGUUUGGUUAUUAUACAUUGGAGUUAUUGGCUUCGUCGCUGAAGUUAUUACUGCAAUACUAAGGUACUUCACUGAAAUUCAUGAAUCAAAAUUGCUUUCAUUACUCCAUCUGGUUUAUAUAAUCAUUAUUGCAACUUUCUUCUUUUCAAUCAGUACCGUAUCAUUUGUUGUCAUAAGUUAUCGAGCACAGGAGCAAAUUCCUACUGUGGUGAAGUACAUGCAUCAUUAUUCGCAAUCCUACGAACUGACUCAUUCAUACGGAUUAUUCAGAAGGAUGACUGGUUUGCAUGGUCGACCAGAAAUAAUCUUAGAAGGUUCAUAUGAACUGAAUGGUUCUUGGACUAUGUUUGAUUUCAUUUCAAAGCCUGGAAAACUCAAUGGAAGACCGCAAUUCGUGUUGCCGCAUCAGCCGCGUUUAGAUUGGCAAAUGUGGUUUGCUGCUUUAGGAACGUAUCAUAAUAAUGCAUUCUUUCUUUCUCUUGCUUAUCAUUUGUUACGAAAUAAUUCAGAAGUUACUUACCUCAUGAAGAAAUAUCCAUUUGAAUCGAAGCUUCCAAAUUUCAUCCGAGCAAAUCUUUAUCUUUAUCAUUAUACCAAGAUCAAUUUGAAAGAUGAGUGGCCUAAGGACUACUGGCGACGUGAUUUCCAGCAAAAAUACAUGCCACCUAUUACUCGCGAAGAUACAAAAUUAUCCGACUAUUUGCACCGAAAUGGCUUCGUCCUUAAAGAACAAUUUACAAUAAAAAAUCAGAAUUUUGACCUGGAAAACAAAUUACAAACUCUACAUGGUCUUAUCCGAACACUCGUUCCGACCACAUUUGUUGAUUCAGUCAUUCUUGCGCAUGUAGUUUUAUUUGUAACGUAUACCAAAUUCAGAAAAGUCACAGUUAUACAGUCAUCCAUUAUGAAUUGA